AGCUCAGCAUUCCACUAGAAGCCCGUCCAGCCAUCCUUCCUGUGGGCCUGGUUGACCUGAAGCAGCUUCCAAGAUGUCCCAGCAGCAACACACUCUGCCAGUGACCCUGCCCCCAGCCCUCAGCCAGGAGACCCUCAAGCCUGUUCCUCCUCCCGCUGAUAUCCAGCAGGAGCAGGUGAAGCAGCCAACUCCACUGCCUGUCCCAUGCCAGGAGGUGCCCUCUGAGCUCCCAAGGGAGGUCCCCUUGGAGCAAGGAGAGAAACACACAACUCCUGUGAAGGGGGUGCCAGAGCAAGACUGUGAGCCCCAACCCCAGAAGCUACAGCAGCAGGAACAGCAUCGGGAACAGCAGCAGCAGGAGGAGCAACAGGAGCAGAAGGGGAAGCAGCAGCAAGAGGAACAGUAUGAGGACCAGGAAGCAGAAAACUUGGAGCAGCAGCUGGAGGAGACUAAAGGACAAAGGGAGCAACAGCUAAAGGAGCAGCUGGGACAGGAGAAGAAGCUCCUAGACCAGCAACUGGAUGGAGAGCUAGCAAAGAGAGAUGAGCAACUGGAGAAGAAAGGAGAGCAGCUGCUGGAGCACCCGGGACAGCAGGAGAAGCAGCCAGAGCCAGCAGAGCAGCUGGAUGGGCAGCUCGAGCAACCUGCAUGUGUCCCAGCUCCUGGCCAGGCCCAAGAGACCCACCCAGUCCAGCCACUGAAGGGAGAAGUCUUGCCCCCUGCAGAGGAGCAACAGCAGAAGCAGGAGGUGCAGUGGCCUCUCAAGCAUAAGUAACCACCCCCAGAUCCCAGAGGCCCUCAGGCCACCGCACAUAAGCGAAGAGAGAGCUGAACCAGUGGCCUCACUUACCUCAGGUCCCCCAGUCUGGAUGGCCCACCUCAUCUGUGAACCUGCCUGACCCUGUCCCCCUGCUUGUCUCUGUGAUAGAGUGGGAUGGGGGAGGGGGGAGCUAAUACCCAGGACCUACUCCUGAUGACUCCAGUCCCACCCCAUCCCAACCUCAGGUGGCCAGAACCUCUGCCUGAGGACAGUUACUAUAGUCACUCUGACGCCAUCCCCAGUAUUAUAGCAGAAUCUGUGAGUGUGUACAAUGAUACAGAAUAAAUCCUGGAAGUCUGGGAUCCUGUAUUCUCUUUGGCUUUUGUUUCUCUGCCUCUCACCAUAUUAAAAACCCAUGUAUAGGUCAAUGGUUGCAACUGACUCUCUUGGCCAACUCCCAAAGGAGGACAGAUAUCUUGACCCCCUUCUCUAACUUUGUUCCCCAAACCACCCAAAACUUUGAAUAGUUUCUAAAAAUGAAACCAAACCAACACCAAAGCAAAGGAACACUUGCCAGUUUUGAAGGGGGGGAUAAGUUUUUCUGGUUGGGGGAAGAGGAUCUGGCUGUCUCAGCCAAGCACUGCCUUAUACUCAUGGAGCACAAUUUUAGCCCAAGGGGGUAGGCAGGAAGUAGAGUUCC